AUUUUUAUUCCUGUUCUUAAAUUUCAUCCUCUUUAUUUUGAUCCUUUCCCGGUACUCCGACCUUAUAGAUUAGCCUUUGAAGGCCAGGAGGGUUCUCAUCAUUACAGCAACACAAGAGAAGUCUCCUCCACCCACAGUAGUCCCUAUAAAACCCUUCCCAGACCUCCCAGAGACCCACGCAGCAUGCCUCCCACCCCGGUUCUGACCCGCAAUGCCUACAGCAGCAGCCAGCUCAGGUCAGAAGGCUCUCCUCAGUGUUUCCGACAUCGCAGCGGCAGCCUGGAGUCGCAGCCCGGGCUGAGAAAAGACGCCGACUCCGAGAAGCCGGUGUUCAUCCUUUCACAAACCUACCGCAGCAACAGCACGGAGGCGCUGGAAGACUGCUCCUCCUACACCAGUCAGUCCAGCCUGGACUGCUGCGGCGCAGCCCACUCGCAGUACAGUACGCUGGACUCUCGUACGUCCACCCUGCACCGGCUCCACAGGAAGGUAGAAGUUUAUGGCAACACGGGGAGCAUGCCCAACCUGGUGCCACACCAUUCUGGAUGUAGCUACUCAUGUGAGCACUCGGCCCACUACGCUCCAAGUGCCUACUACGUCAACGACUACCCCUGCUCCGACGUGGAUCAUUACACCAACGGUGCUUAUGUGUACGAGAAUGAAGUGGAAGGCCACUACAACGUCAACCCUUCCUACCAAAUGAAUGGGUUCCACGGACACGACAGAUUCCGACACUACAGCAGCGACCGUGCGGAUGGAUUCUCCCAGAAUCCCUACGCAACGGUGAGACCGCCUCGAAACAGAGAAGGCCCCAGGAAUGAACUUUUGGCCAAGAACAUGCAUAAGGCCCUGGUGACGGAGCAUCUGAGAGGCUGGUACCACCGCAACCGGGGCCACAGGGAGGGAGGGAGGGGGAUUUAUGACUUUGACAACGGCUCUCAGCUCAGUCUCGGUUACCAGACCAUGCCAGCAGCCUUCAGCCACUCCAGCAGAACCACCUCCUUCUCCUCAG